CCCGACCGACCCUGUUUGCGGCUCUGCGUCUAGCGGACAAAUGAUUGGCUGUUGGCCGCCGUCCUCCGCAGCCUAUUGGUCGGAAUGACUGUUAUUGGUGCCGGGCUUUGAAUGGGGUUUAAAGAGACAGCGGCCAAAGUCGCCCCGGCCGAAAGUGCCCGGGGUGGGCGGGGGUCUCCUCGGACCUGCUGCUGGGGAGGCCGAAUUUUCCGAGAUGAGAAGCUCCCUGUAGGCGCGGGGGUCGGAGGCGCUUGGCUGUAUCGCGUGGAGGAAAUGCGGGCCACUGUCUCCGAGCUAAGGCUCCCGGGGCAGGCGCUCCCCCCCGCCCCCCGCUGGCGGCCUGCUUCCGGGUGGAAACUGACGGAGGGCCGCAGCAGGGAAGGAAACAGCCCAAAGAUGAGAGUGAUCCGCGUGGGUACUCGCAAGAGCCAGCUGGCAAGGAUACAGGCGGACAGUGUGGUGGCAAUGCUGAAGGACCUCUACCCUGGUCUGCAGUUUGAAAUGGUUGCAAUGUCUACCACUGGGGACAAGAUCCUGGAUACUGCACUCUCUAAGAUUGGGGAGAAAAGCCUAUUCACUAAAGAACUGGAGUAUGCCUUGGAAAAGAAUGAAGUGGACCUGGUUGUACAUUCUCUGAAGGACUUGCCCACUGUACUGCCCCCAGCCUUCACUAUUGGCGCUGUCUGCAAGAGGGAAAGCCCCUAUGAUGCUGUUAUCUUCCACCCUAAAUAUGCUGGACAGACCUUGGGUACCCUGCCAGAGAAAAGUGUGAUAGGAACCAGCUCCCUUCGCAGAGCAGCUCAGUUGCAGCGGAAAUUUCCACAUCUGGAAUUCAAAAGUAUUAGAGGGAAUCUCAAUACUAGGCUUCGGAAGCUGGAUGAACAGCAGGAAUUUAGUGCCAUCAUCCUAGCAGCAGCUGGACUGCAGCGUAUGGGUUGGCAGAGCCGUGUGGGGCAGCUCCUGUACCCUGAAGAAUGUCUGUAUGCUGUGGGCCAGGGGGCCCUGGGUGUUGAGGUCCGAGCCAAGGACCAGGAAGUGCUGGAUUUGGUUCGUGUGCUACAUGAUCCUGAGACCUUGCUCCGAUGCAUUGCUGAGAGGGCCUUCCUGAGGCACCUGGAAGGGGGCUGCAGUGUGCCUGUGGCAGUCCAUACAGUCCUCAAGGACGGGCAGCUAUACCUGACUGGAGGAGUAUGGAGUCUGGAUGGCUCAGAUAGUCUGAAGGAAACCAUGCAGACAACCAUCAAUGUCUUAGCCCAGCAUGAAGAUGGCCCAGAGGAUGACGUGCAGCGGGUGGGCAUCACUGCUCGGAAUAUAUCUCAGGGAGCCCAAAUGGCAGCUGAAAAUCUGGGUAUCAGUCUCGCCAACCUGCUGCUGAACAAGGGAGCCAAGAAGAUCUUGGAUGUAGCAAGACAGCUCAAUGAUGCUCACUAACCUAGCCUGAGGGCAUUUUCUGCCUAGGAACAUUGGUCAGAUUUGUUCUGGGGUGCCCCAACCCUUCCCGUUAACUAACUCAACAGGGACUACCCUGGGCACAAAAACUGCAUCAUCCAGGACUCAGGUGUGGGAAAGGGGACCUGUUGCUGCUAAGCAUCCUAGUGCCUUGUUCUGGCCCCCUUUAUACAAGGGGCUGGAGGAUUGUCUGUCUUUUUUUGUGGAAAGUCAGACAUUGAAUGUAACCAAAUCUGUCAAUAAAACACCUCAAAUUAU